GCAUAAUGUUAACGACAGACGAACAAAGUAGACAAGAAAAGGUGUUAGAUAUAAUCCAACUUAUUCUGUUUAGUUUUUUGUAAGUUGUAGUUAGGGUAACCUGUCAGCAGUCGUAAAACUUAAAGUUAUAAGUUGAUAUACAGUAAAUAUUAAGAUUUGCAAAGUAAACUAAAUACUUAACUAUAACGACUACUAGUAGUGUCGAAAAAGAAAACUUCGUACACGGUAGAGUGAAGUGUAAAUUUCUUUUAUGUCGGCAAUGGCCAGUGAAAGUGUUGGUAAGCUUGAACCUGGGAUGGAAGAUAGUGGGUAUCAAAUGGAUAAUUCUGGAGAUGAAGAUGACUUUGAGGAUGAAGAUGUUGCCGAAGGUACCAGUGGACCCAGUGGGGAUCAGCUGAAUGCACGAAGGAUGUUAAGUGGUAGAGGAGUCACACUGAUGAUGUUAAUAAAUGAAGGCAUAAUUGAAACUGGUGAUGGUGUGUUGACUAUUGACUAUUUGGGGAGCAAGUUUGUUGGUGACUUGUUACCAGGUGGGAAAAUCCGUUGGCAGGACUCAAAAGAAAUAUUUUCUUCUCCCAGUGCUUGGGCAACUCACUGUAAGAAAAUACUUAAUCCUGAGAAAAAGUCAGGAUGUGGAUGGUCAACUAUUCGGUACAAAGGAAAACGACUUGAUUUGUUCAAGACUAUUUGGUACAGGAAACAAAGGAAGCAGCAAAUGGGUGCUGGGAAAACUUCCACCCACGUUAUGGACUCCGAGAACAAGAGUGGAACUCAGACAGAAACAAGUUUGAAGGAAAGUAGGUCAGAAACACGGGAAACUUCUCUAAAACCUACUGGAAUUUUCCACAGUAAGAUUCUUCAGCAGAAGUCUAGUUCAAAUAGAUUAGUGGUCAACCACUGUGUCCUAGGUAAUCGUACACCAGAACAUGACAUGAACACCCUUGUGACCUGUACUCCAUUCACUGCCAUGGACCGUAUCCAGCCUUUUACCGUUACCAUUGCAACUAAUUGUUUAUUGCUAAUUGAUUUCCACUGCCAUCUUUCUAACAGUGAAGUUGUAGGCUAUCUUGGAGGAAGCUGGGACAUUGCAUCUCAUAAUCUUGCUCUUCUUCAGGCUUUUCCUUGCCGAUGUAGACUGGGAGAUAAAGAUAAUGCAGGGGCAAUAGAGGAAGAGAUCCGUCAGUCUUUGGAGCAGCGCCAUCUAACAUUAGUGGGGUGGUAUCACAGUCACCCAACUUUCCCUGCCUAUCCAAGCAUCAAGGAUAUUGACAGUCAGAUGGAGUAUCAAAUUACUAUGAAGGGUGACAGUGACUCUGCAUAUACUCCUUGUUUGGGACUAAUUAUAUCUCCAUACAACAAGCAAAGAAAGUCGUGUGAAGCAGAAUACCAGGCUUAUUGGGUGAUGCCUCCUCCUGAGCAUCGUCCUCAGGAAUAUGGUCAUCCAAUGCAGAUGGCAUACAAUAUUGCUCAUGAUUCCUUCCUUACUCAAGAUCUGUUGAUGGAAAUGAGACUUCUUGCAGAUUUUUACAGAGGAGCUGAAGACUUUAUCAUUUUUAAGAAAGAAUAUCAGAGUGGUAGUGCUACGUAUUGGCAAAAACUUCAAAAGUCUCUCACUCCAAAGCUUCCUCAAGAUUUACAGGUUACUGGAGCCCAGACACCUACACAGAGUCAAGCCCAAGCUCAAGCUGUAGCACACUUCUGGGACUUUGUUAGGGGUCUUGUGAUGGUUUAGUUUUUGGAAUAAGGAAGGUUUUAAUAUAAAUACUAAAGUAGAAUGUAAUUUUACACAUUAACAAUCAGGUUGUUUUUUCUAGUGCAUGUAUUAUGUUUAUUGUAGUGUGUAGAGAUUUGUAAGCUGUUUUAGGACCAUUUGAUUGUUAAAGAUGGAUAUAUCUUUCAGUUCUUCAAGUAGUCAUUCAUGUACCUAGCUCUUGCAUGAAAUUGAAGUAAUGUACAUUGCAGUAAAACUGAUUGUAAUGCUUGUAUCAUUAGGUCUUACUGCACGAGUUCCCAAACAUAAUAUAGUAAAUACCUAAUUCAGUCAGACUACUUUGACUAGUGAAAACAAAUUAAAUGUACAUUUUAGGUUGUUUGAUCCAAAAAGAAUUUCUGAUGUGGUUUUAUUAUUCAGAGAUGUACUGUACAUUCCUUUGCACUAAGCAAUGCAUGCAAAGGAAGGACUUCAAGAAACUGUGGAUGACUUUAACAAAUAGUUCAAUUUUUUCAUUGUAUGAAUAUUAAAAUGAGAAGAAAUAAUAUUUUGAUAGGAACAGAAAUGUUACUGAAUAUUGACAGACCCUUUUAUACACAAAAUACAAGACUAUACUGCAUUUGUAGUUUAAAGUCGCUAGGUUUUCAGA